CUCUCCCUCCAUUUCAUUUCACAAAACGAAAACCCUAAUUCCAUGCUAAAUCGUGAAUCCCUUUUUUCCCUAUUUCGUGAACCGAUUCGUGAAUCCCUAAUCCGUGAAUCCAUUGAAGAAUCCCUAAUUCAAAAUCCCUCGUUAAAGGGUUUCUGAAUCAUCAAAGGUUUUCCAGAACUAUCGGCUUUGUGGAUGCUGGAAUCAACUUUUCUUUGCAAGUUUUCAAGAAUGCUCAUCUUACUUAGUGGAGGCAGUAAGCAGUUGUUGAAUGCAAGUUAAUUUGGAACCGAAGCACUAUAUCAUCCGGGAUUUUGCAAAGACAACUCUUUCUCAAGAUGACUAAAAGAGGUGGAAAAGCUAAGGUAUUAGCACCAGGAAAACUUCAAGAAGAACGAAAUCGCAUAAUUAACAAGAAGCAUAUCGUUAGGAAACCUGCUCAAACAACAUUGUCUAUGCAGGAUGCAUCAUCGGCACCAACACCAGCUCAGGCAGCACCGUCCGUGCAGGUUGCAUCGUCGAUGCCGACAUCAGCUUCGAAAAAAUCAUCUGUGCAGGCUGCAUCGUCGAUGCCAACACCAGCUCAGGAAGCAUCGUCCGUGCAGGUUGCAUCAUCAAUGCCAACAUCAGCUUCUAAAAAAUCGUGUGUGCAGGCUGCAUCGUUGAUGCCAACACCAGCUCAGGCAGCAUCGUCCGUGCAGGCUGCAUCGUCGAUGCCAACACCAGCUCAGGCAGCAUCGUCUGUGCAGGCUGCAUCGUCGAUGCCAACACCAGCUCCAACUGUAGUACCUGUUCAUGCCACUACCUCUGAGAAAUUCAGUUUUAUGCCUACUCCAACUUUAAGCCAUCAAACAAUGGCUGGCCCUCAAAGUAUAAACCUUCAAACAAUGGCUAGCCCUUCAAAUUUGGCAGAGGAGGAAGAUGUGGAUGCUGAUGAGGAUGAGGCGGUGGGUCAAGAAACUAUUACCCCUCUUGUGCCAACAAUAGAUGAGAAUGGGAAAGUUAUUAUAAAACCAUCUGGUACUGGGCUAGUUCCUGCCAAAGAAGUUGCUGGUGCCAUUAAUUAUGCGAUACGCAAACAAUUUUAUAAACCUAUACAUCAUUGGUCUGCACUCGAUCCUGAUACGAAAGCUGAUUGGUUUAAGUUGUUUGGAGAGAAGGUUUCGUGGGAUCCUUUCGAUCAUGCAUUUGUCUAUAGCGCAUUUGAAAAAAAAGGAAGAAAACGAUUAAACGACAUGUUGGGGAAGGCGAGGAGAAAAGGGACUCGACCUUCAUGGAUUGGUGAUGAUGCUUGGGUUGAACUUCAAACUUAUUGGAAAAAGACCGAGUUUUUGGCUGUGUCUUCUCAAAACAAGACCAAUCGAGCUUCCGCAAGAGGCGGAGCAGUCCACACCACAGGCCGUAAGGCUCAUAUUGAUGUUGCACUUCAACUUUCACGUGAACUUCAAAGGGAUCUGCGUCCCGAUGAGUUAUUUUUAAAAACACACAAGAGGAAAAAUGGUGAAUGGGUUGACAGUCGUGCUGCAUCUACUUAUGUAAGUUCUCGUAAAUUUUACUGCAAUCAGUUUGCUGUGCUGUUUGAUAUUUGUUUGAAAUUCCUGCAAUCAGUUUGCUGUGCUUUUGAAAUUCCUACUUCCUGCUAUCAGUUUGAAAAUGAAAUCCGAUUGAGGUUUCAAAAGACUUUUAUAAAGAAGUUUGAUGCAGAACUUCAGCCAACUGAAGAAGGGAAUGGAGAGGUUGUUCAAGUGUUAGAUGGAGAGCGUGUAAAUCAGCUAUGGACAGAGGCUGCUGGGGGCCGUAACCGUGGUCGAGUUUAUGGCGCUGCAGAUUUAGCUAUUAAUCUAAAACGUGGAUCAAAAAGUUUUACCCAACAAUCUCAAACUCCUCAACACUCUAUGUUUGGGAUGUCAUUAGAAGCUGAAAGAGCAGCUAGAAUUAGAGCUGAACAAAUUGCCGAGGCUGCAACGACCCAAUUACAAGAGGCUAACGAAGCAAUGCGAGCUGCUACCGAGGCUGCAAAAGCUGCUACCGAGACUGCACAAAGGAUGGAGAGGGAGAUGAAUGCUUGGAAGGAAUUUAUGAUGAAGAAAUUUGACACUUCAACUUUUGUAUCACAUUCUCAUCAUUAUGAUGACGAUUUGGAUGAUCAAUCAUUAGAUGAAGAUUGA